AGAGUGCGAAGCGCCGUUACGUCAAAGGUCAAAUCGGGCCUGCCUCCUCUAUAAAUUCCCGACCCCGUCCCUCGCCCACCUCACGCAUCCCAUGGCGUCAUCUUUCCCCGAUCCCUUCGUCUUCGGCAUCCUCCCCGGGAUGUCGCAUGACGCCUCGCCGGCAUUCUCCAUCGCGGAAUCAGAAAGCGAUUUUCCAGCAGAAUUUCCCCUGAUUCCGUCCCUCCUAGAUUUCCUUCCGGCGUUCGACAGCUUUCACGCUACCCGCCCCUCCUUCUCUGGUCACAUCAACGUCCCGGCCUACCCCAACCCGGGCUGGUUGCCGGAUCCCGGGUCAGUCAGUAGCCGUCCGGCGCGGCAUUUCUCGCCGGAAGAUUUCGGCAGCCACUGCCUUCGGCGGCCAGCGUCGGAGUUCGAGGUCGGAGUCGAUGCUCUGCUGCCGGAUCUCCGGCGAGUGCUGAGUGCUGGAGACAUUCAGGAGAAUAGGAGCAGAAACAUCAUCGAUGGAGUGGAAGAAAUGGGGCUCAGGGUUUGCCGGUAUUCGCCGGAGGAGAAGAAGGAGAGAAUCGAGAGAUACUUGAAAAAGAAGAACCUCAGAAAUUUCAACAAGACUAUAAAGUACGCCUGCCGGAAGACCUUGGCCGAUAGCCGGCAACGGAUUCGGGGAAGGUUUGCAAGAAACGAUGAACUUCAAGAUUCAAUCUCAAGGACCGCGAUCGGAGAGAUUCCGCACGGGGAUGAAGUCCAGGACAGUGAGUUGUUAAGCUACUACUAGUUGAUCCAAGAAAGAAGAGAGAUGUCAUUGUGCAUCAGUCAGCAGUGUCCCUAAUUUCCGACCACGCAGAGUCCCGAAUAACGGAAAAGGAUCGCCGGAGUAUCCUAUCUUUGGCAUUGCGCACAUGCAAUUUUUGUCAUGUUGGCCGAGUUAGUACUUGUUUCUGCCAGUUUCAAGUGGCAAUUAUGUAUGUAAUGGGAAACUACUUUUGUUUAUAAAUUUAGCUUCGCUUGGAGGAACUAAUCACAUGCAUCUCUGGCGCCGUUC